AUGACAAAAAAAGAUGAAUUAAUAAAUAUGCAACCAGUUAGAAGUAAAAGGUUAUCUGUGUUACCAAAAGAUGGAUAUCCAUUAUCACCACCACAAUCUACAGGUAAAAAAGAUAAAGAUUCAUUAAAAUCACCAUCUAAAAGAAAAAAGGAUGUUAGCGAUGAUGACAUGCAUGAAACUAUAGAAGAGAAUUUAGAGGGUGGUAAAAAGCAAAAGGUUUUAAACGGUGAUAUAAGUAAUGGUGUUGCUUUAAAUGGCAGUGAUAGUAAUAAUAGUGAGGAUAGAUCUACAGCACAGAAUAAAAUACCAUUAACAGUAAAAAUUAGAACACCAAUUAAAACUCCAACUACUGCAACUACAACAUCUCCAGCAACUUUAACAAAUACCACUACAACUAGCACAAAUUCAUCAUCUUCAGAUGACUUGGAGUCAAUUGAACAAUCAAAUAAUGAAACACCAGCAAAGAAGAAAGAAACUAGAGGUAGAAAGAAAAAGAGUGAAACUAUUCUCAAAGAACAAACUUUAGCACAUAAUGGCACCGAUUCAACUCCAUCAAAAGGUGAUUCUACUUCCACUACAGGAGAUGCUAUAACACCAUCUAAAACACCAGGUAAAAGAGGCAGAAAAAAGAAAGAGGAAACAUUAAAAGAAGAUGAUGAGGAAUCAGAAAGAGAAGAGAAAACACCAAAUAAAAAAUUUACAGAUACAGAGUCAGAAAGAGAAGACAAAAUAAAAAUUAAUUUAAAAAGACCGUUAGGAAGACCAAAGAGAUCAUCAAUUCAAAAAGAAAUAUUAUCAUCAUCCGAAGAGGAAGAGGAAGAAGAUGAUGAUGAAGAUGACGAAGAGGAAAUAAAUUCAUCAGUUGAAGAACCAAAAAGUAAAGCCAACAGUCAUACCAACUCAAUGGUAACCAGUGAUGAAGACGAUGACGAAGAGAUGGAGGAUGAACAUGAUACAGUCGAUGAAGAACAAAGAUUAAAAUUAAAAAGAGAACGUGAAGAACGUGAAGAACAAGAGUUGGCAAAUACACCAGCGGAUAAGGUUAACCAUUGCAAAAAAGUUUUCACCAAUGUCUUAAAUUUAUUAAUGAAAAAGGAUCCACAUCAAUUCUUUUAUUCACCAGUUACUGAAGAGAUCGCACCCAAUUAUUUCACCUAUAUCAAAGAGCCAAUGGAUUUCUCAACAAUGAUUAAAAAGAAUAAAGAUGGUAAAUAUAUUUCAAUCGAUCGUUUCAUUUACGAUUUUACAUUGAUUUGUGAAAACUGUAUGAAGUAUAACGACAGAACAUCGGUAUAUUACAAAGAGGCUAGAAAAUUAUUAAGUGGUGGUAAAUCGUUAAUUCAAUCAUAUCGUUCAAAGGUUGAAGGUAACGAUAAAUCAUUAUCAAUUAACCCAAUUCAAGCCACACCAUCCGCAGCAACUCUAAGAGAGCGUGAAAGAGAAAAGCGUCAAGUUGUAUUACAACAACAACAACAAAAAGAGCGUGAAAAGCAAAUGGAGAAAGAACGUGAAAGAGAAAAAGAAAAAGAAAGAGAAAGGGAACGUGAAAGAAAAGAACGUGAAGCUCAGUUAAAGGGUAGAAUUUCAACAAGAAGAAGAAGACAUCAAGAAGAAGAAGAGGAAGAGGAGGAAGAAGAUGAUGAAGAGGAAGAAGGAUACGAAGCUGAAGAGGAAGAAGAAGAGGGCGAAGAAGGUGAGGAAGAGGCAGUAGUAAAAAGUCAUAAUAGAAGAGCGAGAGGAAGUUAUAACACUAAAAAGAAACAACAACAAGCUCAAUUGCAAGCUCAACUCCAACAACAACACCAUGCCCAAUUCCAAGCACAAUAUCAAGCUCAACAACAAUUACAACUCCAACACCAAGCGCAACAACAACAACAACAGCAACAAUUUAUUCAACAACAAUUACAAAUGCAACAACGUUUCUAUGGUAUGCCAGCAGUUAUUCCAGGUACUGGUGCAUCGAUUCCACAAAAUGUUUAUUUAAAUCCAAAUCAAUACACCCAACGUCAAGCACCUUAUUCAAUUCCACAAAGAAGAUAUGUUAAACUUGAUGAAAAACCAAAAACCCAAUCACCACCAGAAACCUUAAAGAACUCAUUCUCUUUAAUUAAAUCAAUUAGUGAGGAUGCAAAUGUUUUAAUUUCACCAGCUACAAAUAUGAAACCAUCAUCAUACAAUAUGUAUGUCCCCAUUAAUAAUAAUAAAACUGUAAUUGGAUCCUAUCAAGUUUUAAGCAAUUGUAUCGAACCAAAUUAUUUAAAAGUUAAACCAAUUGAACAACCAAAACCACAACAAAAAGAAGAGUUCCCACAAGCUCAACAAAUUAAAGCAUUGGUUGAAGAUACAUUGGAAAAUAAAGAUAAGGAAAUACUAGAUCAGCCAAUGGAAGUUCAAAAUGAAAUUAUUAAUUCAACUGAAAAACAAGAGUCAAUGGAAGUUGAUAAAGAAGAACAACAAGUUGAAAAACCAAUAGAGCACCAAGAAGAAAAAGAAAACAAAGAUGAAGGUGAAAAAGAAAAACAAGAACCAAUAAUUAAUGAUCAAGUUGAAGAGCAACAACAAUUAGAACAAAAAGAACCAGAAAAACCAUUUGAAUUAAAUCAAGAUAUCAUUCAAGAAUAUGGCAUUGAUAAACCAGUACUUUUUAAUGAAAUUCCAAAUUAUUUAACAAUUAAAUUUUCAAAUGAAAAUUCAAAAAAUAUUGUAAAAGAACCAUCUCAAAAAGAAAUCAUUAAAAAUAAUAUACCUAUCAAUUUAAUUCCAAAUGAUUCAUUAAAAUUAUUAAACCAACAAAUGAAAUCACUCGUUAAAAAUGGUUCAUUCAAUUUUGAUAAAAAUUUAACAAAUAUAAUAAAACAAAAACAACAGCAACAACAGAAACAAUUACAAAGUUCAUUGGAUACUUUAAGUCCAAUUCAAGAUGUAAAUAUUCAACCACAACAAACUGAGCAAACAAUGGAUAUCGAUCAACCAUCAUCAGCUUUAACUUCUACAACUUCCCCAACUACAACCACCGAAGAACAAAAAAAUAUUAGUAAUAUUCUCAGAGAAAACUACGAGGAAUUAUUUAUUUUACAGGUUUCACAAUAUUAUAGAAAUGGUUUCCCAAGACCCUCCGAAGCAGAGUUUACAAAGAUUUCAAAGAUAAUUCAAAAUAUUCAAAAUGUUGGUGUUCAAUUACCACCAUCCGCUUUAGUUGGUUCAAAAGAGGCUAUCAGGAAUGCAAUAAUUAAAUCUGGUUUAUAUAUUGGUUCUGGUAGAAAACCAAGACAAACAACAACUACAUCCACAACACAAAAUUAAUAUUAUAUAUAAAAUACAUAAAAAAAAAUAAAUAAAAAAAAAUAAAAAAAUAAAAGACUAUAAUGAUAAUAGUCAUAAUAAUAAUAAUCAU